UAGCAAUGCAGCUUCUGAUACCCGCGGAAGGAAGUUGAGGCGCUCGGUGGAGGCUGCCGCUUCGGUUUCUGGCGUGAAAAUAGUGAAAAACGAGCACGUUUUUGUCGCCUUCCUCAUCCAAGAGUUGAUAUUGUGCUGCAUCACGUAAAGAACGGCUCGAAGAUGCAAGAGUGUGGCAUGCAGAAGGGGGACCGAGUAGCUCUGCACAGUCGCUCUGCUGCUCUGUGCAAGCAGCUGGUGGUGGAUGAGCUGCUCAUUCAGUGUCUGCUGGAAGACAACAUCCUCACGGACAGCAUGGCGGAGAGUAUCCUGGCCGAGCAAACGUCCCAGAAGCGAAGCUUCCGUCUGCUGCUGCUCCUUCCCAAGCGAGGGCCGCAAGCCUUCAGCAGCUUCUGCUCGGCGCUGAGAGAAACUGAGCAGCGACACCUGUGCGAGCUGCUCACACAGUCGCAGGAAAAGAAUGGCAAAGAGACACGAAGUUUUCAGACUGAGGAGGAGUCCGAAGGACGGGCAGGACGGCAGCUAAUGCAGACAUCAGACAGGAGGAAAGAGAGCAAUUGCGAAUCCUCUCUUCCACUUUCCACUCAAGAGGAAAUCGCAGCCAAACGAGCGAGGACACAUGAGUCCAUGGAGUACAGCCUGGAUGCAGACAGCCCCAUCACCACUCCCGUGCUCCCUUGCACACAUGACCUCUACCUCUCUCAAUGCCAAAAGUCCUAUAUAAUGACUUCAUCCCCGCGUGGUUUAGCCCUGGUGAUCAGCAAUGUGACGUUUGACCCACACACCACACCUGACCUUGACCCCAGGAAGGGAGGCGAGGUGGACGACGAGGUGCUCAGGAAGGUCUUCAAAGAUCUGGACUACGUGGUGACAGUCUGUAGAGACCUGACGGCUGAGGAAAUGAGAACUUGCAUCGAGACCUUCCGCAGGCGUCCAGAACACCGCACUGUGAACAGCUGCGUGGUGUGUCUGCUCUCCCACGGCGUGGAAGGAGCCGUUUACGGCACAGAUGGCCAGCUCCUGCAGCUGGAGUGGGUGUUUGAGGCCUUCGAUAAUGUUCGCUGCCCGCUGCUACAGAACAAACCCAAGAUGUUUUUCAUCCAGGCCUGCAGAGGAGAGGAGCUGGACUGUGGAGUGGAGCAGAUGGAUGGGCCAGGAAGGAGCAACUCACCCAGCUGUGAACAGCGAGAUGCUGGGCGAGAAGGUCGUGGGGGGGCCGGUGCCAGACAGGGAGGCGGAGAUUUAGGACUGCCCAGGAUUAAACUGCCCCAGCGGUCUGACAUGAUCUGCGGCUUUGCCUCUCUCAAAGGUCAGAGAAUUUGCACGGCGGCCAUGCGCAACACCAAGCGAGGAUCCUGGUUCAUCCAAGAGCUCAACUCCACCCUCCGCCUCCAUGCCAGAGACACUCACUUGGCAGACAUCCUGGUGCAGGUCAACGGGCGAAUCAAAGACCGUGAGGGUUACGCCCCCGGCACGCCCCACCAUCGCUGCAAAGAGAUGUCCGAAUUCACCAGCUCGCUGUGCAAAGACCUCUACCUUUUCCCAAAAUACCAGCCGCACUGUUCAUAAUGCACUUGCACGCACGCACACACACACACACACACACACACACACCAUUCCCGCCAGCGUGCUUACACUUUCCCUCAUUCCAAGCGUAUUAUUGCCACACACUCGAGCAUUCCAGCGUUGCAAGUUGACACAUACACACAGUGGCAUCCAAACAUUUAUUCAUUCACAUUUUCUAUGCUAAUACUGCCUCAGCAAAAUUCCAAACACACACAGAGAUGUCGGAGGGGAGCUUAUGCUAAUUGACGUGUAAAGACAUCUCACAGUGUACAAUUCACCAAUGUAUCAGUGUGUCAAGCGUGUUAAUCCCUCGCGUGGGUAUAAUUGUAAAAUGUAUUUUCUACACAGAUCUAUUUUUGUUUUAUUUUGUAUGACCUCGAUUUAUUAGGAUUUUGUAAAUUAACCCCGCAUUUUAAUGUUUGUUAAGCUUCACCGUCAGUUGUCAUGUUGCAGUGAGAGGCAGGGGGCAGCAUUGAGUAAAGGUAAAGAGGUUAGUGUAGCAGUCUCCACACCAAAUAGGAAGUACUUAAGCAUUCCGAAAUGUUUUCUAUCAUGACGGUGUCCCUUAUAUAGAGUCAAAUCCCUCUAACAUGCUUUUAUUUGUAAGAUGUUUGUGUUGUAAAUACUUUGCUUUUAAACGUAAAUGUCAGGGCAAUGUUUGGUGCUAUUCCUUGCGCCCUAUAACUACAGUGUGAACUUUGAUCUUUACACUACCGCUGACAACUAAUCAUGUUCCUCACGGAGGGGGGUGCUACGCAUUUAGUGACACUCCCACUCAACCUUUGGAGUUUAUUAUUUUGUUAUGUCAUUGUAUGCGAUACAGUGACAAAUGUACAUCUUAUGUCUUCCUGAAAGUUUAAAGAAUAUGCAGUUUGUCAUAAUAACUCUGGUUGUUCUCACAUUCUACUGAACCACCAUCCAGAGUCUAACAUUCAGCAUUUGUCAAUGCUGGUUGUGUAUUGAUGUUUCCAAGAAAAGCUAGGGGCUUGAGAAGCAAUAUGUUUGGGUACAGUGUUGUGGAGGAAGAUACUAUAUUGUAUAUUGGAAGCAGUAUUGAUUUGUGACCGGAGAGGCUUUUAAAGGGGUCAAUUCAUGUGUUCACCCUUCUUGAGUAUUUGUUUUAAUGAUAGGAAAAGAAUGGUGAAAAGGUGACCGCACAGCAAGAGGAUGUGAUUUGCUGCCAAACUCUUGUGCAGGGGCGGGAGGCGGAAGGAUUUAUUUCUGUCAUUGCUGAUGACUGCCAAAUCUUCCUUACAAUAAACAAGCUCAUGUUUAUCAACAAGAAAAGUGUCAUUUCACCCCCCCCGUCCCCCCUGUCCCCCCUCCUACAGCUGUGUAUGAGAUGCGUCAGAAAACCCAAAUUUCCUCUGCCGUUAGCUUCAUUCAGUGCGGGAAAAGAGCUGAGAGUUGUGGCUGCUUGCAACGCACACACUGCCAGCCGUUAUCAAAGCGGAGUUCAUUUCACCAUAUUGCUGGCCGCUUAAGAGCAUUUUGACUGAUCUUUCAAGACCAAUGACCUUCGCCAUUCACUCCAGGAACUGUGAAAUAUUUUUUCAUGAGGAAGAAUAAAAGGAAAGAAGGCACGAGGUGUUUAAAGCAACAAUCGCUCUGGAGCACCGCCAGAAUCUGAGAAAAGUGGUGCCACAUCACUCAAACAUGGUUUGCCUCAGGCCCGGAUCGAUUUAGGAACUGACGACGGCAACAACUCAAAAGUUGUGCUGAUCUCAAAUCCAAAGGGAUGCAAAGCCGUCUUCGAAUGUAUUUGAUGAAUAUAUACUAUGUCGGUGGCAGUAAAGAGUUGGAUUCCGGUUGACGAAUGUAAAGGUCCACUGCAAUCAAUGAGUUAAGAUGGCUGUGACGACGGAGCUGUGGAGGAUCCCGAAAUAAUCAUUUCAGGAGUGCAUGACUGUGUGGCAGAGAAGGCUGAAAAAGUGUAUUAGACUUCAGGGGGAUUGCUUGAAAGGGGAAAAUUGGUAGAUUGGAUGUGUAAUAUUGUUUGCAACAUCAGUCCUGGAACCUUUCUGACACACCUCAGAUGUGUGCUAAAACCUUCUCUCUGCUGGCUGCUUGUGUGCUUUCCUCUUGCAUGCGAUCCUCCUUGUUGCUGUGUUUGUGUGUGUUGUUGCCCACGUUACGGCGUGUCCUCGCCGUGCUCAGGUGUAGUGUAACUAGCCCACCCGCUAUUCCGCUGCGCUCAGGUCUCUCCGUGCUCCAGGACGACGUGUGUCAUUCCCGCCGCUCAGUGAUAAUAUUCAUAGUGUAUCAGAUGGAGAGGCCCAGGCCAGCUGUCCGGAGUCAUUCUCUGUUGACACACACACGCAAAAGCGCGUGCAUGCACCAUGGCGGUCAGAGUAAUACAUUUCUCGCUGGCCUGCCAUAGAGCUGUGAGAUUAGGCUGUUAUGCGCUGGCGUGUGGACCACAAAGCUGGAUGGGGUUAAGGGGGAUCUGCAUGUGUCUGUGUCUUUGUGGUUGUCAUGAUGGCGGCACAAUUCACCAGAGGACCAACACACACAUAUGUUAAAGGAUGUUGUCUUAGCAGGCCACAGAGAAACCGCUAAGGUCGAACACAAUCCAUUCUGGGAAGCUGGCCAACAUCUGUGUUUUGGCAUUCUGAACUAUUUUCCCAUUUCAAAUAAUGGAAAUACAAUUACAUCCCUUCCAGGGUCAAAGUGUUCCCAUCAUGUUAACAGAAAGGGGGGGCUCUUGUCAUGUGACUUGAUUCGAAUCAUGACUUGUCAGAAUUAAAGUGACAUUAAGCAGGCCCAAAAAAUGACAUGUAAAUUCGACACACCACAGAGAAGAGUAAUGUUAAGAAGCCUACCAAAUUUGAAUGAAUUAAAAAAAAUAAAAAAUAAAAUAGUCUCAGCUCUCAGAUGCUCUGGGCGUGUCGAAUGGAUGCGCCAAAAGGAAGCAAACAUACUGAGUGGGUGAUGGCUUAUACAAUGUAAAAUCACGUUAGGAGGCUCAACUUCAAAAUGGAAUAGUUAUUGUGGACUAUAAUCAUAAAAACAAGCACACAAGUCAAUUUACCCUCAUUGUUCGUGACAUAAUCACAGGCGAACACGGCACCUGAAGACAGCGGGACAGUAGGAGGAAGCCCAGGUAGUUAGAUUGUCGGCACUGCCCCAAUCACUAGCAUCAAGUUACCCACAAAGCCAUGUUAUCUGGUUAAAAUUUACAAAACUAUCCGUCAUAAAAUGUGUACUGCAGAGUCAGCCGGUGUUCAGCUCGCCAUCUGCGUGUGUCUUUAAAAAGUCAAUCCAUCUCAUUUUUUUGGGACCUUAAAAAAAAAUAUAUUGUCACCAAGCUGUUCUGUAAAUUGAGGCAUCCAGCGAAGAUGCAUUUUCGGGGUGUAGCCAUCAUUAGCUUGCUAACUGCACGCUGGAGUGCGAAAUGGGCCUUGUUAUGGAAGCUAAGCACAGCUAACUCACAACUGAGCAGCAUAGCCAAAUGAAAUGACGUCACUUUGUCCUUAUAUAGUGGGGGAGGGAACUCGCCCUAGAAAGUAUACGCCCCAGCCCCAUGAUGUCACGGGGCUGUGUUUUAGCCCCGCCCACAAAAUCAGGAAAAUUCCAACAGUGAAAAAGAACAACAAUUCAGCACUAUAUUGUUAUAAGACUUUGCAUAUGUUUUCGGCAGUUAUCUUCAAACAUAUUUAAUGUAUUUAGAAACAAAACACGAAUAUCGGCUUAGAGCCACUUUAAGUUGUGAGAAUUGGGACUUUGCUAAAACUUUCAAAAGACUUGACUUGACUCUGGCUUGGUAUUGAUGAGAUUCGACCUGUCUCGAUUUUCAAAAUAAUGUAUUAUGUUUGUUUUUCAUUUUGGAAGAAGAGUUUUUUUUUUUUUUUAUGUAGUGCUCUGUAACCUGGCAACCCACCGGUAUGCUAUGAUAUGAAAAAUUAAUAGCAGCUUGUAAGGUUUGCAACUCCAAGAGAAGAGACAAGCUAAGACAUUUAAUGUCAUCUGUCACCAAAACCCACAAAGACAGGUAAACUAAGUAAACUUCUCAAUUUAGCUCACCAAUAGCUGUUCAAAAAGAUUCAUGUCGGUUUUGUGUUUAAUUGAAAACACAAUAAAGUAAGCAACAAUGCAUUAGUGGCUAAUGUGCGAAAAUGUGUUUUUGACUGGGCAAGAUUGUGUGAUUUGACUUAUGACUUGCUCAACCCAAGUAGGCUAAUGACCCGCCUUGCUUGUUUUUUGCCACAGUAACUUGGGACCUCCUUGAAACUUGAAGACUUAUGACUUACACAUAUAGUUAGCAAAAUAGCAUGAUUUCCUAAGUCAAUUUUACUUACUCACAAUAUUGAUUUAAAAAAAAAAAAAAAAACAUUACCAAUGUACUUGCUAAAAAUGUUUUUUGUUUUUUUUCUUCAUCUAAGUCUGUGUAGAUUUUCUGCCAUCCAGGUCAUGGUGAUCCCCAAAGGUUGAAUCAAGUCAACUUGACUCCUUUUUUUUUUCUUCCUGUUUUCCAAAAAUGUUCAACUACUAUGUUAGCAAUAUGUGACUUACUGCGAUUGGCUGGCGACCAGUUCAGGGUGUACCCCACCUCUUGCCCGGAGAUAGCUGGGAUAGGCUCCAGCAUGCCCGCGACCCUAGUGAGGUUAAGCGGAAUGGAAGAUGAAUGAAUAAACAGUCCUAUGUCA